AUAUAUAAACUCAUUAUACCAUAGCCGUUACACGUGUCAGUUUCUUUGAACCAUUGUAAGACUUCCAUAUAGCGAUGAAAACUCGAGUUUUAUUGCUUCUCUUUCUUUUCACGCUUUUCAUAAUCGAUGACGUAAACGCAGGAAGAUCCGGAUCUUCCCGAGGUUCAUCGUCACGAGGUUCAUCAUCACGAGGUUCAUCAUACAGCUCAUCGUCGCACUCCUUUUCAAGUGGGCACAGUUCGCCUAAAUAUGGAUCCGGUUCGAGUUCUAGUCAAUCCGGAUACAGUAAUUCGCACGCAACAGGAUCAAAGCCUUUUGGAAGUUCAUCAAGUGGACACGUGGCAGGAUCGAGCUCGGUUGGAAGUUCAUCAGGCGGGCAUGUGACUGGAUCAAGUCCUUAUGGAACUUCAUCGAGCAGCCACACGGGAUCGAGUCCUGGUGGACGCGGGACUUCGUUAGGCCAAACUUCGCAUCAGCAGAACAAAGACUUGUCUACGACUUUCAUACAUGCUGAAGGAGGAGGUGCCACUCGACCUGCUCAAACUAAUUCCGCGCAACCUAGUAGGCCGCCGACACCGUACGGUAAUACAGGAACUUAUCCUGGUCAAGUAAGAAAGCCAGGCUUUACGACGGAGAAUAAACAAAAUUCUGCGCCGCAUAAUCCGUCUGCACCGUACAAUCCAUCCGCGCCGCACAAUCCAUCCGCGCCGUACAAUCCAUCUGCGCCGUACAAUCCGUCUGCGCCGUACAAUCCAUCUGCACCGUACAAUCCAUCAGCGCCGGUUGAUCGUUUAUCGAAAUCCACUGCAGUGCCUUCGCAAAGCCACGCUCCAACUUCCUUUGGCCAACCGAACACGCCGUACAAUCCGUCUCACGGAACCAACAAUCCCGCGUGGAGUAAUCCGCAUUACAAUCCUAGCCAGCCUUACCCGCCAGCCUCGACCUCCAACGUUGGGUUCAAAGACCAUCUGCGUCCGCCAAUCCCAAUGCCCGUUCCUUCUCAUCCCAAUUCCGGAUCUCGUCCUCCUUAUCCCGUUUCCAAUUCACACGCACCGCCUUAUCCUGUUCAUCCGAGUGCCAAUCAACCCCAUUCCACCUUCCAUCCCAGCUAUUCCGCUCCCAGUCAGACGAUCGGACAUCCCUCCAGCUAUCCAGCGCACAUUCCGCCGCCCGUGCCGAACACGUUCGGAAAUCCGUACUCCACACACCCGGCCGGUGGAGCGUACGGCGCACCCGGACACGGCUACUAUCCCCAGCAGCACGUUCUGGCGCAGCCGGCGGCGCAGCCGUACAUCCCCGGACAGACGGUCAUAAUGGUUCCCGGUCAGCAAGACAGCGGCAGAGGCCUGGGUCAGAUGGUGAAGGAGGCCCUGGUGUACUCCACCAUCAAUGCCGGCGUGAACCGGCUGAUAAAUCCGCAUCAUCAUUAUACGCACGAUUACAGCGGACCGGCGAGCGGCAGCGGCGGCGGUGGCACGAGCGAGACGCAUAUAACCUACAAUAAUAAUUAUUUUAACGGCGCUCCCGCCGGCAACGCGCCCCUGGUGCCGGCUUCACCGAACGCACCUCCGGCGAAUGCUCCCGUCUCGUAUCCCAAUUAUCCAAUUCCGGUGAACAACCCGGCCAUCACUCCGGGUGUGUCAAUUCCUACAAUCGCCGGGAACAAUGCCAAUGUUACUGGUUCUUCAGCGAAUACAACGGCUGUCAAUACGGGAGGUCCUAAUGGAUCACCCGCUGACAACGCGACAAACAAUCAAGGGACAGCUGAUCAAGGCACAACCGCGUACAAUCCACAGUACAAAAUAUCGGACGGUGAUCUGUGGAUGUUGACCGAAGAACUGUUCGCAAAACAGGAAGCCAAUAUAUCCAAGUCUCUGACGUCGCACCUUCAAAGUAAAUCUGAGAAUGUAACGGACGCAGCUCACGGGCCAUUGAUCUACGUGCAACAAGAGGUGUACGAUUACCCGACGAUCUUGGCCAUCCGAGCGCUCUACGAUAAUUACGAGCACGAUUCCACCGUGAAGGAGAGCCGCACUCCCGAGAAGCAGAGGAAGGAGGACAUUCUGUUGGACGUAUUCUUGCACACGAACGUGAUGACCAGAACUAUGCAGUGGUUGUCGAGCCGAGGCUUCGUCAAUCCGGACGAUUUCGAAUGGAAGGACACUCUGCGGCGUAUCUGGUUCACUCAAUUCAACGGCGCGACUUCAGGGUUCGAGCGAAUCUUCACAUCCGAAAGAUACGGCAUGGAUCUUCUCGGCGUGCAAGACUGGAUCUACUUUAAUUAUCAAGAAUCCAAACAACGCAUUGAUUACAUGGGAUACGUCGACACCUUGAAGCUGGGCGAUAAUGCGUCGUUGCUCAAGUUGAACUUCAAAAUGGACGACAUCGUUGUUUCGAACAGGACGAUAUUCGUGGGCACGGUUCCCGAGCUUGAAAUGUCCUUGUACACGAUAUGCUUCUACGCCAGACCGAACGAUUUGUGCCCAGUUUCUCUCGGCGGAGCCAAGUUCAACAUCUUCACGCACUCGUUCAGAUAUUACGGGAAAGACCUGAUAGAUCUUGCGCUUCUUAUUUUCUAAUUCUGUACAAAUAAAUAUUGCAAUGAUUCGGUAAUAUGAACUUU